ACCUAAAACUGUUGGAUUCUGGAUUAAUGUUUUUCCAUAUUUAACUGAUGAUGAGGGUUAUAAUUCUUUUCAGCGACAUUUUCGUAUUACCCUCUCAACAUUUAGACAAAUUGCUAUUGUUUUGUGGCGCUUUGCUAAUGGAGUAGGUAUUUGGGUUUUAGAACAAACUCUUGGAGUAAGUCAAGGAUUGGUUAUUCAUUUCACAGAUCGAUUCUUAGAAGCAUUAUUGGAUUUGGAGCAGGAAAGGAUAAAGUGGCCACAAGGUGUACAAUUAACAACAGUUAUUCAAGAAUUUGAACAUGGAAUAACUGGUUUAGAACAUAAUUUACCUAAUGUAAUUGGUGCGAUGGAUGGAUCACAUAUACCUAUUCAUCCUCCUAUUAAUAAUAGCUCACGGUUUGUAAAUCGUAAAAAUUUUCAUUCAAUCAACCUUCUUAGAGUUGUAGAUAGUCGAGGUCGAUUUACAUACAUAUAUGCCGGAGAGGCAGGAAGUGUACAUGAUGCACGUGUGUUUUAUCGAUCCUCUCUUUAUUAUGAAAUUUCUCAUAACCAAGAACAAUGGGUUCCAGGUGGUUCAUAUAUUAUUGGCGAUCCUGCAUAUCUGCUUAAAACUUAUUUAAUGAAACCAUUUCCUGAUCAUGAUUCAUUAACUAUUCAUGAACGACAAUUUAACAAGAAGCCUUCUUCAAUGAAAAUGUGUAUAGAAAGAGCAUUUGGAUAUUUAAAAGGAAGGUGGAGAAUUUUGUUAAGCAAAAUUUAUUGUACAGAUUUGGAACGAAUUGUUUGA